GUAGUUGUCCGCGCGGCCGUCAGAGCGCGCGUAGCGCAUGCCGCGUUGCUGCUGAGUGAUCUGUUCGCGCGCCGCGCCGCGUCGUGUCAGCCGUCUGGUUCGCGCCGCUACGUCGCCGUCGCCGUCGCCGUUGGUUGACAACGCCGUUGUCAUCGCCGUCGCAGCAUCGUCCACCGCGGGUACGCGCCGCAGACGGGGUGCUGACCGGUGGCCAGCGCUCAUCGCCCGGAUCGCCCGCACCCCUCCCUCCCGCCGCACGCAACGUCGCGCGCCGCCAUGGAUCACAUCGGCCUGCUGCUGCAGCACUCGCAAUACGUGUACGCGAUCCCCGUGGGCAUCGUGCUGGUAUGCGCCAUUCUCGUGUUCGCCUUCGGCUUCAAGAAGGCCGAGCAGCCGCCGUUCGCGCAGCUCACCGCGGGCUCCGACGUGGAGCGGAGGCUCGCCAGGAAGCGCGGCAAGGUCCGCGAGAAGAAAGCUGCUAAUGGCCAAGUUGCAUCUGAAAAAACAAGCCCAGCUAAAAAGACAUUGGCGGCCAAAGCCGAAGCUCCUAAGAAGGCUGCCAAAGGAGAUGAGGCUGACGGUAAGUUAAAAGAGCGUAAGCAAGAGGACAACAAGAUCGUCGCCACCAAGAAAGAGAAGGAGCAGCCGUCGGCUAAGGCUGGCAAAGAGAACAAGGUGGAGCAGGCGAAGAACAAGAAGAAUUUGAAGAACUUGUUCCAGGAAAAACCGGUGGACUUUGACGAUGGAGAUUGGGAGCAAGCUUAUUCGCGCAAGGAUAAGAAGAACAAGAAAAAGGAGGAGGAGUCUCCUUCGAAGAAGAACAAGAAGACGUCCAAGAAGGCUGAUUUAAUAAACGAAGCCAAGCAGAAAGAACAGGACAAGCCCGAGGUCAAAGACAAGACCGCUAAGGAGACCGAGAAUAAGGAGCUCAAAGAGAAGGAGAAGAAGGAAGUGAUUCUUACGUCCAUUUCUGACGAGGAGAUAGGUAAAGCCAAGGAACCGCAGAAAGAAGAGCAGAGCAAGGUUGAGAAAGUCGAAAAGGAAGAGAAGAAGUCUGGAAAAUCGAAAAAGAGUAAGAAAGCUACCGAAGGCGAGAGCACACCCGCUUCGGUACCAUCUACACCAAAGACAGAUAAUAAGCCUGUUGUGGAGGAGCAGCAGAUAAAGCCGUUGAUUGCGGAAAAAAUAGCCAACAACGUGGAAGAAAAUAAAGUGGUGGAAAGCAAAGAGAAAAUCGCCGUGUUCGACGAGUUAGGAGACGUCUGGACAGAAGCGAAGCCUCAGAAGAAGAGUAAAAAAAAGGCUCGUAAGGAUAACUGAGGACGUGCAACGCUAAUGAUAUUGCUCCUUGCGAAAAGGAAUAGAGUGAGAUCCAAAGGGCGUUUGUCGCUUUCGACAAAUCAGGUGUGUUUCAAGUGACUUGCUGAUCGCCGCCUGACCAAAUCGUUCCUUUCCCCCCUUGUACAUAGUACCAAUCACACCUAGGUUGUUCAAUUGUGACUUUUUAGUUGUCAUGACGUCGAGAUCGCGUGAGAACGCCAUGUAGAAUGAAGAUUUUUUUUGUACGUUUUUCAUUUCUUGUUAUCCACACUAUCUUGCAUUUAAUAAGAGUGGCAUAAGUCAUAGUUUUCACCUUUACCAGGCAAUUCUUGUGCACACAUUGGGUUUCUUAGAUACCUUUAUAUAUGCCCAUAGUAGAGUAUUUUGUUUCGUAAUUGUAUAAUUAUAACUAUACACAGAUAUAGUUACAAUUAUCUCAUCAUAAAGUUUGUAAUAGUUCUGUAUCAUAAAGUUUUGUAAUGGUACUUAUGCCAUUUACAUUUUAUGUCUUUAUAGAUUGAUAAUCUUGCGAAGAAUAUUUUGUAUACUAUUCCAUACUAUUUCUACAUUAAGAACAACAAUUCUAUGCGCGUAUUGUAUAUCGCUGUUACUUAAACGCCGGUUCUCAUCGACAUCUCACAUUACAUUGUAUGUGUAUGAACGGUUGAAAGGCAAAAACAUAGAAAGUACGUUUCACGGUAAUAUUCAUAAUGCAGGACAAUCUUUGGAAGCGAUAAACUUAUAUUGCUGAUGUGUAGAAUGGGUUUUGAGAAAAUCAUAUUUUUCUACACGAUUAGUCGCGCUUAGUGACUGAUUAUUUUCUGCUUCGAACGCUCGAAAAUCCAUCUCGUAACAAUUAGUGUAUUUCCAUUUAGGUACAUCAGUAAUAUAAGUUUUAGGGAAGGAUAUAGAUAACGUUACGUAAAUUCAUGGCAGUAAAAGUCAUACAAAUGUGAUAACGAUGAUGAUUAACUUAAAUGGAUUCUGAUUUAUACAUGGAUGCACAUUGUGCAACAGAAUAUGUAUAUAUACACAUGUUGAAAUCGAGAGACAAAAUCUACGUUGAUAUAUCCUGCAGCGAUUCAUGGAUGAGAUGAUUUGUUGAUUAUUUAAUGUUGUACUUUAUGCCAGUGAAAAUUUAAUAACACGUGGGGAGUAGAGGAAAAUUCGGUAGAAAGCAGGGGAAAAUAACCCAAUAUUUUUACAGCAUAAGUAUUUGUAUCUAUAUGUAUAUUGUUAGGUAUAAUAUUACGAAGAAAUAUUGAUUUCUUGUUGAAUACUUUCAGAAGUUAAAAACAUAUAUUUGUAUUUUUAUCGUACAUCAUGACAGCUAACAGUUUUACUUGUAAACAUGAUAGCAGUGUUAACAUAUUGCUUUCGUGCAUUUUUGACUAUGUUCUUACAGUUACACUGUAAUUAAGACACAGGAAAUAUUACUAUGAUAAUUUUACAAUUAUUAUAUUUAUAGCUAAUAGAUCUUAUAAUCUCACGACUUCUUUUUCCUAAAAAAAAGCGAAGGUAGAAAAGAAAAUGCGAACGACCAAAAUGAUAUUUUUGUAUAUUUUUUUAAUGACAACUGAAUUUUUUUUGUAUCAGAUAUUAUCUCACAAUCGAUUUCCUUGAACAUUUAUCGUCGUGCGGAGAUAAUCGAGUAGUAACAUAGAAGAUCAAAUGCACAUCAAAAUUAUAGUUCAUGAACAAAUGCAGCCAUUCAUCUCUCAUGUCAUGCAGGAAGAUUAAUAGAUCAAUUUCUUUAGAAGUAAUCGACAAAAGAAUUAUAUUGUAUUUACUUUAUUAAUUCUUAUCAGAGUAUGUUAUCAAUAAGCCCUCUAUCGCUAUUAGGUGCUGAGCUCUGUAAGGCGAGCGCGGCACAUGAAUGUUAUACAUUGGAAAUAUCGGAGAAUUAAUUCCAGAUUUCUCUCAGAGAAUGUCCUAGCUUAUAUUUGAUCAGAAACAGAAAGAAUCUAUAUACAUAUAUACAAUAAGUAUGUAUGUAUAUGUAUAAAGGAUUACAAGAUUUGAUGUGAGUGAGCAAAUUAUUAUCGUUGUUGUACGUGACAACGUUUUAUUCUAAAUAAUUUACGAAUUAAGAGCUAUCUGUUAAAAAAUUGCGUAAAAUUAUUGUAUCGAUACUUUUAAGAGGAAGCGAAUGAGAGCGUGAGAUGAUAUGAUGAUGUAUGACAAUAUUGUGAUAAGAAUAUUAUACCUGAGCAUCGCUUGAAUGUUGCAAACUAAUGCUGAAUCACUCGUAGCUUUUAUGUGUGGAAGGGAAUCUUGGGGAGAAGUACCUAUCUUGAUCGAAUAGCCAUUCAUAUUUUGUAUACUGUACAUUAAUAUAUUCUCAUAAGUGCACGCAUACGAGAUGACUGUGCAAGACAAGGUUCUAGCGUUACUUUGGCAAAGGAAAUCCACAUUGUGGAGGACUGUCGCGUGGAAUUUAUAAAAAAGGGAGGAAAAGGGUCUAUAUAAUUAUUUAUAGAACAUAUUGAGCGAGCUUGAAUUAUAACAGAAACUAUCGUCACUCAUACAUCAAAUCGCUUGUAUCGACAGUACAUGUCCCGUGCCAAAAGCAAGCAUCAUCUCUCGUCUGGAUCAUGUUCGAGGCUGAAUUUCGUACAAUAAUUGGAUAUUAAAGGAAAUUUAGCGACGCUAUUUAUGGCCACCUUAUACGAUCAGGUCUUUCGUGAUCGAUAGUCGCAUGACUGCUUAUACAUUUCUUCUCACCGUGUGUAUCGCUUGACUCUUUGCGGCAAUAUAAUCGUCAAAGAAUGUCCAUUCAACGGUAAUUAGCGAUUGUCUGAGUAGCUGACCGAUUAGCUAUGUUAAUUUACAUAAUAGAAAUUAAGUUUGUUUCUUCGGAACCGCUAUAAAAUUAUUUUUUCGAGUCUCUGUGUACAAUAAAGCCGAACAUAUACAAGAUUUCGUGUAUCGCAGAGAGUUGAGGCGGCAGAUAAAGAUAUUACGAGCAGUAUGUAUUUUCACGCGAAAAUAUUAAGAUACUUGAUUCAACGAUAAUUAUAAAUCGCAAUUUGCUUUGUCGUCUAUUUAUGACAAGAUAAGUUGCACCAUCCGGAAGCCAUUACGACUGAAAAAGAUAAGUUGCACUUUGACGAGAAGCAUAAAAUUAACGGUUGUGGAAAAGUAUACUCGUGAAGCUUCGAGAGUGAUUUAUAGCGAAUUCGGUUACUUACACUAGUGCGCACUGAGUGCACACUAAUGCUUAAGGUUCGUCUUAAAUGUCCCUUGAAAUAUUUCUUAGCCAGUAAAAUGAUCUGUACACCAUCCGUACGGGUCACUUUUUUAGCCUAAUUAUUCUUUAAACAUGUAUACAUAUAAGACAAAGUUAAGUAUAUAAAAAAUUGACUGUGAACAAAUUUGGUGUGUACUCAGGGCGUACUAGUGCAAGCAACCGAAUUCGCUAUUAGAUAAUGCUGUUCGUAAUGAUCCAACCAAUUAGUUUAAUGAGCUAGUUCGCGGAGUACUUACAUUUGCGCGGAGAGAAAACCAAACAAGUGCCGUCUGAAGGGACGGCUUUCGAAUCGCGAAGGAGAAAUUAGCAUAUUUUUCUAAGUAUUGCUCCAAAUCGCCACGUCGUCUACAUACGGCAUUUGCGCCGAAUCGCCGUCGAAACGCGCCGGACGUGCACAUAUGUAUUUUGAAUACCACGCUUGUGCGCAUUCGACGUGUAUUCGAAAACGUGGAACAUCUGUUAGCGAGACUCGAGCGGGGAGAGCGGUGUUCUUUCCCGCGUGUAGGACACGACGAAGAUUUUCGCACGAGAAUCGGCUAAGUAGAAACGUGAGAGGGCGAGACGGGGAGGUGAACUGACUAUAAAAUUGAGGAAGUAUUAUAUUGCCACUGUACAUAUGUAUAUUAACGAGCAAUGUUCUUCUUAUUAAAUGUAUAUGUGCAAUGUUGCGUCGUACGGUUCACCGAUACGGACCCUGCGGCGGUAGGGAUCCAGAUUUUAGGGAUACUUUUUCCGAAGAAUCGAUCAGCGUCCGACAAUACGUGUACGAUCUAUUUAUUUUGAAAGUGACUCGAGUUAAAUCUCGCGAAUAGAUUUUAACAGGCCGGAAAUACCGUGGUGUAUAAUUAUAUAUAACUUUGUAAAAGAGAUUCUCACGGUUUUGACUCGUCUAACUUUCAAAAAAUAGGCAAAGCACAUCAGCAUCAUAUUAUAUAUCUAUAGUAUGCCGCGCAUUUUCCACAGGGCCGGUAAACGAUCUCUCGGUACGGUCCACGUAGCAUUCUGCAAAUGUACCUCUUCAAUUCGUGCAUCGAAGUAACGACAGCGCAAUUACGAUGGCCUAUUUUGGACUCGAUAUAGCUACAGGUUUGCGUUCUGUACGGCACACACACACACACAAGGACUCUGAUCGUAUUCGAAAUAUCGACUGUAACAUAAAGAUAAGAUAACAAGAGAGAAAGAGUAAAUGAAAAUACGACACGGCUGUGUCGAAUAUAUAUUAUAUAUGUAUAUGACAUAGAGUUACGCAUAUAAUUUAUUUUAUUCACUGAGGGAUUGCUGCGACAGCAUGUGACAAAUUAAUAAUAUAAAUUCAUGAUAUAUAUAAUAAAUAUUAUGUAUACAAUAUAAAAAAACAUACGUCGUAUAAAAUACGUGUGUUUCGAUUAACUUAAAUCUUAUCGUUAGCUUAUAUGAGCGUUAGAAUUAAGAAACCAAGAAAAUGUGACAAACGAAAUAUAUUUGCGUAUGAAGGUGUAGUAAA